AUGGACACCAUCGCCCUGCCGCCAAAAUUGGUGCACUUGUUCAGCCUUCGGUGCGCUGUCGAGGCUCCAGUGGACAUUGGGCAAGGGCCGUACGGGCAGAGACGAUGCGUGCCCAUUGCAUCAGGUCAAGUCCACGGACCGCACGCCCAAGGACAGGUCUUACCCGGAGGAGCUGAUUUCAUGCUCGUAGAGGAGAACCAAACGACGCAUGUCAAUGCCAAUUACGUGGUGAAAACCGACGAUGGCGCCUUUCUAUACAUCCACACCGAGGGCACGCGAGCUGGCUCGCCCGAGAUCCUGCAAGCCCUGAUGACGGGAGGGGACGUGGACGACCGCCAGUACUGGUUUCAUCUCCAUGUCAAGAUUGAGACAGGACAUGAGAAGUAUAAAUGGAUGAAUGAUCGGGUCAUUGUUGGGCGCGCCACGAGAACGCCAGGCGAGGUUGCCUACGAUGCAUAUUAUCUGGAGAACACGUUUUGA